AACAACCAAUCACGAGUCUGUUUACCACCAGCCGCGAAUUGCAAAACUUCCUUCUUUUUUCGGUCGCCACUUUUCUGCUCCUCCUAGUCACCGCACUUCAUUUUACAUUUAAGACAGUAUGAGCACUGAGCAGUCGCCCGAAGUCCACGGUUGUCACAACGAGUGCGCAGUUUCGACGCCGAAGAAAGCAGCACUGAAAAGAACUCCCUCCUCAAAGUUUAAGAGGGUUCACUCCAACUUCAAAUCCCCUCUCACGGUGAGGGAGAGUGCUAACGUUAGCCCCGCAGAGGAGCUAGCCGAGCUGGAGAGGAGGAGAGAGCAGCUGGACGCUGAGAUCGCCCAGUUCGAGGCUGAAGGAUGCAGAGUAGAGGAGCUGGAGCAUCAUAUCGAUAUGCUGCAUGAAUACAAUGACAUCAAAGACAUUGGACAGUCACUCCUGGGCCGUAUUGCUGCUGUGAGGGGGACCACCACACGAGAUCUCUACAGCCACUUUGGUCUGGAACUGGAUGACUGAAGAA